AUGGUUGCUCGGCAGCGACUAUGCUCGACUCGGUCGACGAUGACGCGGAAGCAGAUACUGAGAGACGCCGCAGUCGCAGACCAGCGGGUGUCGAAUGGUCGUGAGGUGGACAAUGGCGUUGCUGCGAGAUUGUCCAAGCUCAGGAGCGGUUCGUCCCGUCAGCGUCAUCCAUCUUCAACACCAACUUGGACCUCGACUAUCUCCCAUCAGACCCUUGCUAAGAGCGCACGAGCCACCGGGUCUGACAGCAAAACUAGCGAUCGGGUCAGAUUCAAGAUCCCCAUUUUGCGACUUUGCACACAACGCGAUAUAUAUUAA